AUGGCCUCUGAGCGCACACCUCUCCUCUCCUCGCCGCCACCGCUCGGCCGCCUGAGCGGCAACGACGCGCCGACCUCGUCCGAGCCCGAGAGCCGGGUGUGCAAGGCGCGCAGGGCCGACCGCUUCUUCGACGAGGACGAGCAGAUCGCAGCGUGCAACGUCUUUGGCUCGGUCCCCGAGAUCCAGUUCGCCAUCAUCCAGCCGCUCGAGGCCCUCCUCGCCGCCGCCGAGGAACCCUCGAUCGUCUACGUCCUCCUCCUGUGCCGCCUCCAAUUCAUCCGCGAGCGCGACUCGCUCCUCGCCUCGAGCACGCUCAACGACACGCGCGCCCACCUGUGCGAGCUCCUCGCCAUCAAGCUCCUGCGGCACCAGGCGGCCCUCGUCAAGGGCCCGAACCAGGGCAUCCUCGCCAUGGCCCGCGCGCUCGUCGGCGGGUUCCACGCGUUCCAGGGCGCGAGCGACGAGGUCAUCGAGCGCAUCCGGCAGCGAGAAGGGUACGCGAGUCGGGUCGCCGCCGAGGGCGCCGGCCGCACCAACGCCCUCGAGCUCGCCAUCCUCGGCAAGGCGCGCCUGUUCAUCAAGUCGCAGGCGACCCAGCGCGUCAUCACGGCCAUCUACGACGGCAAGAUCACGUACUCGAGCUCGAGCUUCAUCGAGGUCCUCGGCGACCGGUGGAAGAGCAAGGAGAUCGCGCUUUACAACGUGCGCGAGGCGCCCCUCCUCGACCACUACCGCCUGCGCGUGCCCAAGUACCGCGCCAUCAUCGACAACGGCAACUUCAUCGUCCUCUUUGUCUCGUUCCUCCUCGUCAUCAUCGACCGCCACAACCGCCAGGACGAGCUACCUGCCUCGGAGCUGUCGUUCGUCGAGGUGUGGUGGUGGAUCUACUCGCUCGGGUACUCGCUCGACAAGCUCGCGUCGAUCGCCGAGCACGGCUGGUCCGUCUACGCGGCGGGCCUGACCAACGGCCUCGACGCGGCGAGCGUGCCCAUCUACGUCGCCGCGUUCGUCCUUCGCCUGCACAGCGUCGCCCACAACGACAUGCAGGCGAGCGACCGCUCGUACGCCAUCCUCAGCAUUGCCGCCUGUCUGCUCUUCCCGAGGCUCGCCUUUGCCACCAUCUCGAACAACCUCCUCAUUCUGAGCCUGCGCGCCAUGCUCGCCGACUUCUUCUACCUCAUGGGCAUCACCGUCUUCUGCUUCAUCGGCUUCGUCUUUGCGCUCAGCCACCUGUCUGAGGGCGACUACUCGGUCAUCCGCAUCAGCGAGUGGCUUGUUUUUAUCUUCUUCGGCCUCGACGGCUCGGGCAUCGACGAGUCGCCCAAGUUCGACCCUGUCCUCGGCCCGAUCCUGUUCGUCUCGUUCGCCGCCUUGAGCAACACGCUCCUCACCUCAGUCCUCGUCGCGAUCCUCUCGACGACCUACGCAAGCAUCGCGUCGGAUGCUGCUGCCGAGGACAUGUUCCGCAAAGCCGUCUCGUGCUUCGAGGGCGUCAAGGCCGACAGCUUGUUCGACUACGUGCCGCCGCUCAACCUCGUCGCGCUCGGCGUCAUGUGGCCCCUCUCGCACUUCCUCUCGCCGCGGUGGUUCCACAAGGUCAACGUCGUCGCCACGCGCACCCUGUCGCUCCCGAUCCUCCUCUUUAUCGCCCUGUACGAGCGCCAGACGGCGUCGGGCUCGGUCCUCGUCGACUGGUUCACCGACGCCAAGGUCGCCAUCACGGCCAAGCUGCCGCGCAAGUGGGCCCAGAAGCUCAGCCUGCUCGAGGGCGCGCACUGGGAGUGCGAGGCCGUCUUUGAGUACACACCGUCAGGCGACGAGAAGGACUCGACCGACGACGAGUUCGACGAGGACUCGUUUCUCGGCGGCGAGGACGAGGUCGAGGAGGCGAUCGCCGAGGUCAACAUCCAGCAGGCGCCCGUCCCGCAGCGCAUCAGCAGCCGCGCCUCGGUCGUCCUCGACCCGGCGCGCAUGAACGCCGCGCACGAGCGCAUGGCGCACGGCGCGACGGGCUCGAGCGCGUCGUCUUUCGUCGGCUCUGGCACCUCGACGCCGUCUGCGCCCGUCCCGCUCUCGCGGCAAGCGUCGUUCGCAGGCGCGAGCGAGGCGUCGACGAUCCGGGCGGCGUCCAAGUCGCGGCCGCCGCGAUACCCGAGCCUCGGCGUCGCUCGCUCGCCGCCGGCGGGCUCGUCGCCCGCGUCCAGCAGCACCACCUUGCCGCGCAAGAUCUCGCCUGAGCGCACCAAGCCGCUGCAGAGCAUCGCCGCCGUCUUCUCCGAGUCGCCGCCAAAGGACUCGGGCCGUGCGCCGCCCCAGCCUCGCACGCACUUUGCGCCCGAGCCCGUCCUCCCGUACUCGUCGGCGGCCGAGGCCGGCACCAAGCUGCGCCGCUCCCACACGGUUAGCGAGCGUCUGCCCGCCAACGCCGGCGGCGGCGGCAGCGGCGGCCUGAGCGCGAGCACGAGCAGCGGCGGCAAGGCUCGCCGCAGCUCGUUCGGGCACAACACGCGCUCGAGCACGGGCGGCAGCGGCGGCGGGCACAACGACAGCGCGUUCGACUUCCUGUCGUCGACGUCGGCGCCGCUGCGCGAGAGCCCUCUAGCCAGGCUGUACGGGCAGCAGAUGGGCGACGACGAGCUGCUCGAGGCUGGAGCGGGAGCGGCGCCGGGCGGCACGAGGGCCGGCGCGAUGCGGCGCAGGAUGAGCAUGGGACAGAGCCAUGGGCGGCACGGGAGCGAGGGAGCCGGGGCGGGCACGAGCGUGCAGGCGCGCAACUGGGCGACGUUCGGCGGCCGAGGAGCGAGCCCGGGCGUCGGUGGAGGAGAGGCGGGCGCCGAGGCGAGUGCGGCGAGCCCGGCGCAGCUCGUGGCCAUGAUCCAAGGGCUCGUCGCCACCGUCGAGCGCCUCGAGCGCAAGCUCGACGAGCGCGACAAGGAGGACUGAGCGUCAAGUCGGACUCGUCGCUGUAGCUUUGUCUUUAUCUCUCUGCAUCCUCGCGACCGUGUUGUCUCUCU